UUUCUCUCUUUCAGGCACCUUCAGGAGAUGUACAUACACACCCCCCUCAUCUCAUCUGAUCCUGACAGGGCCAGCAAACAAGGGAAUCAAAUGGUCAAAACAUAUUGAUAAAGCAAGACUUCCUGCCUGUCUCACUUCAUCAACCCCGGCCGUCUUCUCUGGAGUCCUCAGGUUCUGAAUCCCGUGCCCGGGAACCCAGCGGGAGCUGGAGGAGAAAGAGGAACUUGCCUUGCAAACCCCACCUCUCGGGAAGAUGCAGAACCUCAGGCCUGAGCAGAUUCGGGGGCUGCUGGAGCCCGAGAGGGCCAAGACGCUGCUGCCUCGGGAGAGCAGGGCCUGGGAGAAGCGCGCCGCCUCCACCAAAGACUGGGUGGCGCUGGAGGUCGGGCCCGCCAGCCGUGACGGUGACGAGAAAGGUGUAUCCUCUGAAGAGACAGGGGUGGCUCAGGAGUGGACUUCGGUGGAGGGAGAUGAUGAGUCAGAGGAUUCGCAGGGCUUCGUGGAGUGGUCGAAAGCCCCACAACAAACAACCAUAGUCCUGGUGGUGUGUGUCCUGUUUUUGUUCCUGGUUUUGACGGGGAUGCCUAUGAUGUUUCACAUUUAACUACAGCGGUGGCUGUUGUUUUGAAAUAAGUGAUCUGUUUCUCCUUAAGGAAAUGUCUUGGUUAAAAAUCAGGAAUAGGUAUUGAAUAUUAGCAAAUGCCUUUUAAACAUCCAUCAAGAUGGGGUUUUUUUGUUUUUUUUUUUUUUGGUAUUUCACCUUUUGGUGUGAGGUUUUGCAUUCCUCCGUUUCAUUGAACUUAAGACAUCAUUGAUUGUAAAACACGUAUUACUUUAUAUACCACUGAGAAAGAGAAGACAUGCUAAUUAACUGUCAGAUGCCACCAAGUGGAAGACACGUCCUGGCUUCAGAGACGAUGAAAAAAUGUGCAAUUUAGGAUUGGUGAAAUCUGGUAGAUUUCUUAAUAUCAGAUCCUCUUUGUAUUCGUAGGGUUGUGGUACACUAGUCUUUUCAGAUACUGAAUUCUAUUUCUUGAUAUUUUAUGUACGAUUCUCCCUUCUAUCUUCGUAUGUAAGAUUGGUGCUAUCUUUGUGAAGUUUUGGUAACACAGCUAGGCUUGCAUCAUAGAAGGAUGUAACCUUUAUUGUUUUUUAAGCCUUAGAAUAGUUUCUGUAGCUUAAGAAGUAUUACUUCCUUGACAUUUUGAAGGAAUUCACCAGUAAGGCAAUCAAGGCCUAGACCUAUGGAGAGAAAGUUUCGGCUAAAUUCUUGAGCGGCUUUCUCAGUUUCUUCUUCUGUUAUCAGUUUAUCAGUACUUUUCAUUUCAUUAAUUUUGAUGAUUUAUAGCAUUUUUUUAUGUCCUAGAAAAUUCUCCAUUACAUUGAACUUUUCAGAUUAUUAGCUUAAUUAUGGAUACUAUUCUGUAAUUAAAUGAAAAUCUUCUCUUUAUUUUGCUCUGUCCCCUUUCUUCCUUUCAACUUCUGCUUGUGGUUUACCCAUUAUUAGAUUUGUCAAAGUUUUAUCUAGUUUACUACUACUUUUCCAAAGUACUAGCAUUAGGAUUUAUUUAUAUCCACAUUUCUCUAGUAUCUUUUGUUUUGUAUUAAUACAUACUGGGUUCACUUUUUAUUUAUUCCUUGUCUGUUUUUAAGUUGAAUAAUUCAUUUAUGAUUUUUUAUAAAAUUAUUUGCUAAAAUAGUAUACUUAAUAAUAAAUAUGCUUCUGAUUAUAGCCUUGGCCACAUUUUAAUUUGAUAACUUGUGUUCUUGUUUGUUGUUGUCUAA